AGCAGUUGAUGAGUUGGAUAUUACUAUUGAUGUGGAAGACCAAAAACCUGCUGAAUCCAAUAAUCAGACAACAACUUCCAUCGUGGAGUCUGAAAAAUACCAAAUGGAUGAGCUCCAAAAGUCAUCUGCUGCACCAGAAAUGCAGGGAAGUGUGUCUCAUCCAGAAUCUCUCCAAGUGCUUAGAGAGAAAUUCUUUUUAUUAGUUGGGAAAAACUAUCUUGAGACUACACCACCACGGAGCAAGGAAGAGCGUGAUGAGUUCAUGGACUUCAUGCAAGACCUGAGAGUUUUCAUAAAGGGUGCUAGACAAGGAAGUCUGGUGAUAACAGUGCAGUGUAAAUCUCUCCAGAUCUUGGAGGAAUUGUGGAGAGAAUAUUUAUCUGGUCACUUGGGUGAAGUGGUUCAAAAUUGUUUCGUCACGGAAAUGAUCUUGAAGGAACUGAAUCUGGGAGAGCUGAAGCUGAAAACAACAAUGGAUAUAGAAGAGUACAAUGCAUGCAAAGUGUACUUUGAGAGAGUUGCACUCAGAGGUGCUUUGUCAGCUCAGUCAUACUCCACAGGUACUGAAGAUGAGGCACAGAUAGAAAUAUGGAAACAGAACACAGAGGUUGUGGAGUCAGAGAAAGUGAAAAGUAGUUUACCCAUUUUUGAAAUGUCCACCACUGGUCACAAUAAAGAAGGAGAAGAACCACAAGAAACUUUGAAAGGUGAACAGAAAAUUCAGUUUUUCUUUUAUGUACUCUUCUACGAGGAAAUAAAUCAACCAAGAAUGCUCUUAAAUUCUUUCAACUCUUAUAAAGUGCUGGCUUUUUUUUAA